GUCAAGUCAGCCUGUCAGCCUGUCAGCCUCGUCAGCCACAUUUCCGCUGGUGUGGCUGAAACUUCGACUGCUGCUAGCGGCCGCUGGUGGGGGAAAUGUUAUGGGAAAAAAUGCUUCCAGGAAAGCACGAUAACGGCUUGACUUGCCCGCCACGAACUGAAGCAAUCAGCUUUCAACAAGAUGCCUCACCGUGCGUCUUCCCCUGCGGCGUCAGAAAAUGAGUUCGAUAUCACCAAAUCUCUGUUCCAAGACGAUGUCAACGGCGACGAUGAAGACUUUGUGCUCCCAAGCAGCAAAGAUUUAGGAGUUCUCGAUGCUGGUGGGAUUUUGGAUUUGGAGAGCGAUGGAGAAGGAGAUGAAGCUUUUAUUGCGGCUAAGCAGGCUGCUUCAAAUCGAAAGGCAUCCAAUGUAAAAGGAAGAAGUGUCAAGAAAGGUGGUGGAUUUCAGGCAAUGGGUCUCAAUUCACAUCUGUUGAAGGCAAUUAGUCGAAAAGGAUUCUCAGUGCCUACUCCGAUUCAGCGAAAGACUAUUCCCCUGGUUCUCGAUCACCAAGAUGUCGUGGGUAUGGCAAGAACUGGUUCUGGAAAGACUGCCGCUUUCGUCAUUCCGAUGAUUGAGCGAUUAAAGUCGCACAGUGCCCGAGUAGGAGCGAGGGCAUUAAUUCUGUCACCAUCUCGAGAAUUGGCGCUACAAACAUUGAAGGUUGUAAAGGAGUUUGGACGUGGGACGGAUUUAAAGUGCGUUCUCCUUGUUGGUGGAGACAGUCUGGAAGAGCAGUUCGGUUUCAUGGCAGGAAACCCUGACAUUGUAAUUGCAACGCCAGGUCGUUUCCUGCAUUUGAAGGUUGAGAUGUCUCUAGAUCUCUCAUCCGUCAAGUACGUGGUAUUUGACGAAGCAGAUCGCCUUUUCGAGAUGGGUUUUGCUGCCCAACUUGCCGAGAUUCUGGUGGCUUUGCCAACCUCGAGGCAGACACUUCUUUUCUCCGCAACGCUUCCAAAGUCGUUGGUGGAGUUUGCCAGGGCUGGUCUACAGGAGCCUAGUCUUGUCCGUCUGGAUGCCGAAAGCAAGGUAUCGCCUGACCUCGAAAGCGCAUUUUUCAGCGUCAAGAGUGCAGAGAAAGAAGGAGCUUUACUUCACAUCUUGAAUGAUCUAAUAAAGAUGCCUACCGGCCUACCCGAGGCUGCUGUCAAAGCGGCUGCAGAUGGAAACAGCAAGAAGCGCAAAAGAGAAUCCGGUGGACCCAAUCCUAGACAAAAGCCAACUGAGCACUCAACAAUCAUAUUUGCAGCUACUAAACAUCAUGUCGAUUACAUUGCGUCACUUCUCCGCCUCUCCGGAUUUGCAGUCUCACACGCUUACGGAUCCCUGGAUCAGGCAGCACGAAACGAGCAAGUUGAAAAUUUCCGCACAGGGAAAUCUAAUAUCUUAGUGGUUACGGAUGUCGCUGCCAGAGGUAUCGAUAUUCCAGUUCUUGCCAAUGUGAUCAACUACGAUUUCCCUCCACAACCAAAGAUCUUUGUCCAUCGGGUUGGUCGUACAGCAAGAGCCGGAAAACGUGGUUGGAGUUACAGUCUUGUCAGAGAUACAGAUGCACCAUAUUUGUUAGAUCUACAGCUCUUUCUCGGCAAGAGAUUACUACUGGGAAGAGAAAGUGGGGACUCGCCAAAUUAUGCAGAGGAUGUUAUUGUUGGUGCGCUGUUCCGAGACAAGCUCGAGGCAAACUCGGAAUGGAUCACGAAACUGCUAGGGGAUGAUGAUGAUCUAAGCGCUCUUCGAGGUGUUGCCGCGAAGGGAGAGAAGCUGUACAUCAGGACUAGAAAUUCAGCCUCCAGCGAAAGCGCAAAUAGAGCCAAGGAGGUAGUGGCAUCGAAAGGAUGGAUGCAAUUACACCCUCUGUUUAACGAUGCAACAACCUCGACUGAACAGGCCCGAAUCGACAUGCUUGCACGUAUCAGCGGUUUCCGCCCACAAGAAACCGUCUUCGAGAUUGGAACAAGAGGAAAGGCCGGUCACGGCGAAGCUGCCGAGAUGAUGCGAGCCCGAAGAGAGAAGAUCAUUCCAAGAAGGCAAAAAGAGGAAGACGAGAAAGCAGCUGUAAAAGCUGAAGCAGCCAUUGCCACUGCCGACAUCGAUAUGGACGCAUCUCCCUUCGACGAUGAAGAAAAUGAAGUCGAGCUUGAAGCAGCUGAUGACGAUGAUGAUGACGAGAUGGACGUCACCGUGACGGGUGGCAAUAACGACAACAUGUCAGAAGCAUCCUCCGCAGACCUCGAACUAACUUUCUCGAAAUCCUCCCAAAAAGGCAAAGGCCGUAGCCUCUCUUACAAAGAUUCUGAGAAUUUCAUGUCGUACACACCGAAGAACCUCAAUGUAGCCGAAGAGCGCGGCUAUGGCGUGCAUUCUGGCUCUUACAAUACCGCAUCUCAGAACUCAAAUUUCGUGGAGGCCGCAAGAGGCGUGACGAUGGAUCUGACCAACGACGAUGGCGCCAAGAGUUUUGCCGAGCCUGCGCGAGCGAAGGGCAUGCGAUGGGACAAAAAGAACAGUAAAUAUGUGGCACGAGCCAAUGACGAAGAUGGUUCGAAAGGAAAGAAGAUGAUCCGCGGUGAGAGCGGACAGAAAAUCGCAGCCAGUUUCCAGAGCGGGCGGUUUGAUAGAUGGCGUAAGGCGCAUAAGGUUGAUCGACUGCCGAGGACGGGCGAGGCGGAGCGAGAGGGUGCUGGUGUCACAGGUGGUGUUGGGAGAGGCUUUGGCACGAGAUACAAGCAUAAGCAGGAGAAAGCACCAAAGGAUGCCGAUAGAUACCGUGACGAUUUCCAUGUCAGAAAGAAGAGGGUGGAAGAGGCUAAGGAGAAGAGGAUUGGUAAAUGGAAGGAUGGGUCUGGCAAGCAGGAGAUCAAGAGUGUGGGCGAUAUCCAUAAGGAAAGACAACUGCAAGAGCAGAAGAGGGCGAAGAAUGCUAGACCGGCGAAGAGGAGUAAGAGGUAG